GGGCUCUCUGACUGAGCAGGAUUCAGGCUCUGCUGUCAGACAACAUGAGAGCUCUCGUCCUGCUUGUGUGCCUGUGGGUGGGCUGCCUGGCUCAGAGACCCCAACCCUGCUCAUCCCCACCUCUCAUGUCUGGAGGCCUUUCUGUGUCCACGCAAACUGAGAAGCUUGUAACCUUUGCAAAGUACACUUACGAUGGCCUGGGAAGGCGGGUCCGCCUCAGCAACAUCGGGUUUCCUGACAAUAAAACCUACUAUCUGGACGUGCUUCUGCUUUACAAACAGGGGGUCAUGUACAAGAUAAACAACAGGGAGCAAACAUGCCUGAAGAGGCGUCUGAGUACAGACUUCAUCCCGCUGGCCAUCCCAGUGGACGCUUCCCUUGUGGGUCAGGUUGUGCUGGGAAGCUCCUCAGUUCCAGGAGAGGGAAUCCUGGUCAACACCUGGUCUGGGCUGCUGCAGACCAAGAAGGGAAUAGCAAAAUAUGUGAGCACCGUGACAGAGUUUGGCUGUAUUCCUGUGAGCACCCUGUUUAGCACGGACAGAAACGGAUGGGUGGCGGUCAGUUUCUUCAACAACAUCAUCGGACUAGCAGACCCCCAAGAUCUCACCCCGCCACCGUUCUGCAGCUCUGCCCAGCUAGAGGAAGAGGCCCGAGAGGCACCCAUACUGUUUUUGUAGCUUCUUUUAAAAUAAAAUCUCUUUCCAGAAACACACUUUAACAUGAUCAGGACUAUUAGGACUAUGCUGUACUGUGUGUAACUUUUAGUAGAAGUAGCACUUCUAACAAGACAGUCUGGCUGCAGUCCUGCUGUGAAGUCUCCUGCACUGUCAGGGCUGAAAGUUUAUUUGAAGCUUUUCAAAAUAAAAGCGAAAGCCUUUCAAAAUAAAGGCAAAGUUGAUUCAAAGCUUUUCAAAAAUAAAAGCGAGUAUAUCUGAAGCACGUAUUUCCAUAUUUUUCCGUUCCCCAUGUUUAUUUAUUGGGUCUGUAUUUGAUGUAUACAAUGUAACUGUGUUAAUGUGUAUUGAUGUGUUCAAUUAAAAAGAUUAAUUGAAUAAU